AUGUCUUCUAAGAGCGAAUUAAAAAAGUUAUCGGAAGAAAGCCUGACGAGACAGCCAGAGGAAGUGUUUGACAUCAUAUGCAAACUGGGAGAAGGAUCCUAUGGCUCAGUUUAUAAAGCGUUGCACAAAGAGAGUGGGCAGGUACUCGCUAUUAAACAAGUACCGGUGGACACGGAUCUGCAGGAGAUUAUUAAGGAAAUAUCAAUUAUGCAACAAUGCGACUCUCCAUAUGUUGUUAAAUAUUAUGGAAGUUACUUUAAGAAUACGGAUUUAUGGAUUGUGAUGGAGUACUGUGGAGCCGGUUCUGUUAGUGAUAUCAUGAGGUUAAGGAAGAAAACCCUGCAGGAAGACGAAAUCGCCACGAUCCUGAGUGAUACUCUGAAAGGAUUGGAAUACCUUCACUUGAGAAGGAAAAUUCACAGAGAUAUUAAGGCUGGAAAUAUCCUUCUUAACAACGAAGGCCAUGCGAAGUUGGCUGAUUUCGGUGUGGCGGGUCAAUUAACGGAUACCAUGGCGAAACGUAAUACAGUGAUCGGUACACCAUUCUGGAUGGCGCCAGAAGUGAUACAGGAGAUUGGUUACGAUUGCGUCGCUGAUAUCUGGUCUUUGGGAAUAACGGCCUUAGAAAUGGCCGAGGGCAAGCCGCCGUACGGCGACAUACACCCGAUGAGAGCAAUAUUUAUGAUUCCGACAAAACCACCGCCUAGUUUCAGAGAACCCGAUCAAUGGAGUCCAGAGUUUAUUGACUUUGUCAGUGGGUGCCUUGUAAAAAAUCCCGAAGAGAGAGCCACCGCAACCGAACUUCUGCAGCACGAAUUCAUAGGUAAUGCCAAACAGCCAAGUAUCUUGAGCCAAAUGAUCGCCGAGGCUCAUGAAAUACGAGAAAAGCAGAGCGCGCAUAGAGCUCAUGUUAUAAACAACGUGGCGAUUAAAAGUCAAAACCAGGCGGAGGAUUCGGAUGAGGACGAUUGUAGUGGAACUAUGAAACCAUUACCGGAGGACAGCAGGACUUUAGUGCCGAGCCAUGAUCUUCCAGACACGGGUACUUUAGUUUCGGCAAUGUUGGACCUGGGUACAAUGGUUAUUAAUAGUGACACCGAUACCGAAGCUACCAUGAAGAGACAUAAUACUGGUUCUGUAGAAUCCGGCAAGAAAUAUCGACCGUUAUUCUUAGAUCACUUUGACAAGAAAGAAGCGCCUGAAAUCGGAAAAGGUAACGGACAGAUGUUGGGAGCGCACAACAUGGAGAACGCGAACAAAUUGGAGCAGCAAAGUCCAAUCGAAUCUCAUAGGUUUCAAAGUCAUCUGCAGCUACAGUUGCAGAAUCAGAUCUCUCAUCCCGUGCCAGAACAGCCAUAUAACAAUAUAUCGAAGUUUCAAAAUGUCUUCACGGAACGUGAUUUCGAUUUUAGAAGCCGUAUCCUGCAGUUGAAGUUUCUCUCCUACGAAGAACUGCAGCAACGAAUGGCUAGUCUGGACGCGGAAAUGGAGCGGGAGAUCGACGAGCUGAGAAAAAGGUAUCAGACGAAGAGACAGCCUAUUCUGGAUGCCAUGGACACCAAGCGGAAACGUCAACAGAACUUCUAACAGUCCUCCUUUACGCGAAUAAGUGAUGACGGAUAGACAAAGGGUGUACAGUUGUAUAAAUGAAUAGAUUUUAUUCGCGUCAUCCCCGGUUUCAUUAAAGAGAAGAACAUUGCUCCCACACCGUGAAUAUUUUACCUCAUAAACGGACAAACGUGUAGCGACUGUGAAUGUUUCCUGUUUACUCGCAAAUCACAAUGUUGCUUUUCUUUAUGAAUCCUGGGAUAUUAAGGCCUCCGCAAACAAAUUGACCUAGCAGUAACGUAAGACGUACCGUAAGAAUUGACCAAUCACACAUCAAGUAUUUUCGAACCGUAAUGUUAUUUUCGAGAAGACAUGAUUCUAAUUGGCCAAUUCUUACGGUACGUCUUGCGUUAUCGCUACGUCAAUUCGUGUGUGAAGGCCUUUACAAGCUAGUAAUAGCUAAUAGCCUCACGUCAUCAUUGUAAAUUAUUUUACGUGAUUUAGGUGAAGAAACAAUCACUAUACUUAAUUUUUGUAUUAUGUUUAUCUAUAUUUACUGUUAAAUAUAUCCUAUUCUUAUAGAAAUAUUCUGAGAGACUCCUCUAGGGUCGUUAGAAACUAAAAAGAAGGAAUGCAAUAGGAGUGCAGAAACAAAUGCAUCGUGAUUACGAUCGUUUUUAUCGAGAAAUUUUAUAUUUACUUGGAAAGAAAUCGGUAUUUCGUAUCGUCAUGCUACGCUAGUCAUUUACAAUGCCAUUUUAUCCAGGAUAUAAAAAGAUCAUUUAUUCAUGAGAAAUACACUUAAACGGCUAAGCAUUUGAACAGUUCUCGAGUGUGAAUGCUCUAUUUAAUCAUGACAGUUUGAAAUAAGCGAACAAGGCUGUAAGAUUUAAUUUACUUUUUAUUCUACUGCCAUAGAUAGACUCUCUACUCAUUCAUUUACUAAUAUAGUAACAACUAACUCUAGUUUACGUCGAUUCGCUAUGAUGAUCAAAUUUACUUUUCAAGUUGCAAACAUGUCCAACACCAAUAAGAUCACGCAAUUCUAAAGUAAUGAAUAGUGUUCUUCAGUAUGCAGCACCAUGAUAAAAAAUGACGCCGCAUUGUAAUGAGAUAUUUCACGAACGAACUUACUAGUAUUAGAGUCUUCCGCGCGCCGUAUUAGAAAGUAUUUUCCAGUAUGCUCUAAUUUACUUUGUCAUAAUAUGGAAAUUGUUGAAACUAAAAUUUACCAGAUUCCACUAAUGAUAACGGUAUUUUUAGAAUAAUAUAAAAGUUCGUAUGUGGUAAUGCCUUACACAAUGAAUCGUUUUAUAAAGCAUUAAAAAUUUUUGACCGCAUAUUUUUUUGUAAUCGUUACAAAAAUAAAUAUAUUUGUACGUGCCAUUAAUACAUAUGGCAAAUAAUCAUAGUGGAAUAAUAAUUCCUUGCUGACGUUUGGGCUAUUUUGCAAGUAGUGGAAAUAGAGCUAUACUUAAAAGCGCUAUAGCCAGAACUGAUCUUCAAUUUUCUUCUUUUAGAAAAUAAUAAUACAGAAUAACAACAUAUUUUUGAUAUAGAGGAUGUGCACAUUGUCUCAAUGAAAUAAGGUCCGAAUUUGAGGCAUAUAUUAUCCAUAAUCCUGAUACAGAAGUGUAAUACUAAUAAGGUUUCCCCAACUGAAAAAUAAUUAAUUGCUUACUUUACACAAACAAAAUAUACUUCAAUAUCGUUUUAUGUACAAAAUGCAAUAUAACUGUACGUAAUAAUUUUUUAGAGAUUCUUUUAAAUAAUUAAAAUGGUCGUGUAUAAUAAAACGUCGAUCAUUUCUAUAUAUGUUAAAAUUAUGAUGAUUUUAUUGUAUUCUCUCAUCUUACAAUUCUUAUAUCAGAACAUGAGGAUGUUUGUAAAUUGCAUUCUUAUAUAAAAUUAUAGUUUUACAAAUUUUAUAUUUUUGCAGUUAAUGCUGCUGUAAAAUCUUCCUUCUUAAAUUUAUGAUACCCGCUUCCAUUAAUGUUCUGCGCUCUGUUCUAGGAUUAAAAAAAAGUAAAACGGACAAAAAUUUAUAUAAAAAUGUCACAA